AGCGAUGUGCAAAGUUCAUCAGACUGUUCCAAUGUACAAGGAGGAUUUGCUCACCGGCGCACAUCAAGCGCACAAUAUCUAGGCUGUGAUAUAGCCACUCGAACUAGGCCUAAUUAAAAUGUUGCAUUUAUGUAGGCAUUUAAGAAGAUGGUGCACGCUUACCGGUAGGCUAUGUCUCGUAACUGGGUGACGUCAACUCUAACCAUCGACGAUGAAAUGUGCAGGUGAACACGGGAUAAACACAUGAACCAAAAGCAAGAAGGGAGGAGGGCAAAAUUAUCUGGCGAACAUGAUUUCUGAAUGGGGGGAUGAAGAUAUAUUUACGGAUAAAUGGCGUGCUAUGCUAUCGCACUUAACCGAUAUAGCUGCAUCAGGAGGUAUAGCCUAAAUUGCCUAUCAAAUAAUAACGGGAUGUCUCUCGCGAUAUAUUUCCUCCCAUCAUUGUUCCUCCUCUCGAUAGUCCAUGUUGGCGCCAAUGGAGUGAUCCAAUUGAACUAGUAUAGAGAAGGCUACUGUGGAGAAGUAGGCUAGGCGACAGCAAUACAUUAACAAUACACCCACAUGUGGCACUGGUGACUUAACGGGCACCCGAGAAACAACACCUGAAUUUUUUGUUUUUGUUUUUCACUGUCCCGCGAUCGUGUGACAUGACACGUAGGACAUGAUCGAAUCAAGCCGUUGGGGCAAUUGUAGGAGGUGCGGUAAUAACCUGGCAGGAGGGAAGCUUCAUGCUUGGAAGACGUUUGCUUUUGGAGGAUCGUAUUCAUACAUGAGGCUUGAGUUGUCAUGCGGGGCGGUCCCGACUCUGGACCCCCUGAUUGUCGGAGUCUCGGACAGAUCCCGAUGCUCACGGUCAAAUCGUUGCUUGUGAGGAACAAAAUAAUGCCUGCGGUGAACGUUACCGGAGAAGCGCCCUUACUGAACGGGGGCAGAAGAGAAGAGCAGCGUCCCUGUAAACAGUCCCUUCCCGGGUCCCUAUGCCGAGAGUCCCACUGGAAGUGCCUGCUCCUCACGCUGCUGAUGUUCGGCUGUUUCGCCACGCUGGGAUGGUGCUCCUUCUCCCGUGUCACCGUCAUGGCUGCCGAUGAACACGGCCUCUACUACGGCGUCCGCGCCCGCCUCUACCAUGACAGCCCCUGCUCCAACGGCUAUGUCUACAUCCCGGUGGCCUUUCUGAUCAUGCUGUACCUGGUCUACCUGGUGGAGUGCUGGCACUGCUUCUCUAAAACAUCCUCUCUGGCCCGGGUGAAGAUCAGCAAGGUGUACAACAGGGUCCAGAGGCUGCAGCAGGCCAUGCCCUGUAUCUGGUGGAAGGCCAUUAGCUAUCACUAUGUGAGACGGACACGGCAGGUGACUCGAUACCGCAAUGGUGACGCUUACACCACCACACAGGUGUACCAUGAGCGGGUCAAUACACACGCAGCCAGCUCUGAAUUUGACUAUGCUCAACAUGGUGUAAAGGAUGUAUCCAAGGAGCUGCUUGGCCUUCUGGAGCACCCGGCCGUACGCCUUCAUUUCACCAAGUGUUUCAGCUUUGCCAGUGCCCAUGCCGAGGCUGCCUACCUCACUCAGCGUGCACGCUUCUUCGCAGAGAACGAGGGUCUGGAUGACUACAUGGAGGCACGGGAGGGCAUGCACCUGAAGAACGUGGACUUCCGUGAGCACAUGCUGGCCUUUCCUAACCCGGCGUGGCCGCCCUGGUUCUCUCGGCGGCGCAUGUAUUGGCUGAUCUCAGCCCUGAUGUUGUCCUGGCCACUACGGGUGGUGUCAGAGUACCGUACGGCGUAUGUUCACUACCAUGUGGAGAAGCUGUUUGGUGAGAACGAGGAAGUCAAUGACAAUGACAGCACUGAGAUGGGCAACUACCGCUUAGGCCAGGAGAAUGGGCAACGCGGUGGCCCCAGAUUACGUGUCAUAUCGAGGGUCAACACUGUGGAUAUCACUGAAUUGGAGUGGCACAUUCGCUGUAACCAGCAGAUGGUGCCCAGUUACUCCGAGGCCUUGCUGAUGGACCUGAACACCAAUAACACAACCUCUUUGCCCUCUGCGUUUACCGGGGCAACACAUGUCCAUAUGAGGCGGAGCUCCAGCUACGUCCUACAGAGCUGCCCACGCUGCUGCAGGUCCACCAGCAGCUCCUCGCUCCCCUCGCGAGUCAGGGGAAAUGUGGUAAUGGGGGCAGGAUCUUUGACAUAUGGGACAGUGGGAAGGACGGGAGGAGGAAGGUUAGCCCUCAGCCGCAGUGGAUUCUCUCUGGGCCGUUUGCACACGAUGCGCCAGGCCUGCCUGUUUCACUCCCGGAGCCUUGGUGCAGGGAUGGGGAGUAGAGGGGAUGAAGGUGGUGGGUUUCUGGGACUGGGCCUCCGCCGGGCUAAUGAAGAAAGCAGAGGGGUCCUGGAGUCAGAAGGAUAUGAAGUGGACGAGAAUAGUCUGCAGCUAGCGGAGGAUAGAGAGCAGGAACUAGAGAGAGUGAGGACCGAGAUCAUGCAGGGAGUGGCCUGUGUGACAGAGACACCACCAGCCUAUCAGGAAGCUCUCCACUUGCCUGUGUUGAUUGUCCACGGUGAGGAGAGCUGUCAUGGAGGGGAGGACCUUGACGCAGGAUAGUCACUGUGAUUGGUGAAGGUGAUGUACAGUAGAGCAGAUAUGCAAAUCUGCUCAGGAUAAUGCAAGAAAUUAGAGAGAGGAGAAGAAAACAGGGACGGAGGAAGAAUGUGUGGCGAUAUCAAGAAGGGUUGUUAAAGAGAGGGGUAUGGAAGGAGAAAGAAAACAAAUGGAAAAAUCAUGCUUUCCAGACCUGCGAGAAAGCAGUACUGUAAGUGAAAGAUGUGUAGGGAAACAAAACUAUUGUGUCACAGUAGAUUAAAUGACAGUUAUGUAGUUGCUCUUCCUAAAGAGACAGUAAUAUGUGUGUCCCAUUGUCCACAAUGAACAACAAUCGCUUUGUAUCUUUGUUCAUGGAAGUAUCAAGGAGCUGCUGAGUUAGCGCUUAACAUCAGGAGUAGUUCAUUUUUCACCAAGCUAUUAGAUUAAUUCAAGGGGCACUGUAUAAUGUGUAAAUUUAAAACUCUAAUGGCAAUA